GGUGCUGGAAGUGGGAGGACUGCUGUCAGCCUGGUUCCUGGUUGUGAGGCCUAGUGGACCUCGGGGAUCAUGGACAUUGAAGCAUAUUUUGAAAGAAUUGGUUAUAGGAACUCUAGGAAGAAAGUGGACUUGGAAACAUUAACUGACAUUCUUCAGCACCAAAUUCGAACCAUUCCCUUUGAGAACCUUAACAUCCAUUGUGGGGAAGCCAUGGAAUUGGGCUUGGAGCCCAUUUUUGAUCAAGUUGUGAGGAAGAACCGUGGUGGGUGGUGUCUCCAGGUCAAUCAUCUUCUGUACUGGGCUCUGACCACAAUCGGUUUUGAGACCACAAUGUUAGGAGGGUAUGUUUACAGUACUCCAGCCAGCAAAUAUAGCAAUGCUAUGAUUCACCUUCUCCUGAAGGUGACUACUGAUAGCAGGAAUUACAUAGUAGAUGCUGGGUUUGGACGCUCUUACCAGAUGUGGCAGCCUCUGGAGUUAAUUUCUGGGAAGGAUCAGCCUCAGGUGCCUUGCAUCUUCCACUUGACAGAAGACAAAGGAAUCUGGUACUUGGACCAAAUCAGAAGAGACCAGUACAUUCCAAACCAAGAGUUUCUUAAUUCUGAUCUCCUAGAAAAGAACAAAUACCGAAAAAUAUACUCCUUUACUCUUGAACCUCGAACAAUUGAAGAUUUUGAGUCUGUGAAUACAUACCUUCAGAUGUCUCCAACAUCUGUGUUUACAAGCAAGUCAUUCUGUUCCUUGCAGACCUCUGAAGGGGUUCACUGUUUAGUGGGCUGCACCCUUACCUAUAGGAAAUUCAAUUUUAAGGAUAAUAUGGAUUUGAUAGAGUUUAAAAUACUGAAUGAGGAAGAAGUAGAAAAAAAGCUGAAAAAUAUAUUUAAUAUUUCCUUGGAGAGAAAACUUGUGCCCAAACAUGGUGAUCAGUUUUUUACCAUUUAGUAUAAGGAGCAAAAAUGGUCCUCAGUAUUACUUCAUGUACUGAAACUUUUUAUUAUAAAAAUUUUUAAACAUAUAUUAGAGACAAUAAAAAAGUAAAUGUCUGUAUCACCCAAUUUAUCAGUUAUUAGCUACCAUAUUUCCCCAAUACUCACAUUAUAAUGAGGAAAAUUUUACCCUUAAAAAUGUCAGCAUUUAACAUAUUAAGCUGUAGUCAUCAAGACAGUAUGGUCAGACACAUAAAUCAAUGGAACAGAAUAGAGAACCCAGAA